AGUAAAGUUGCGAUGCUUGUUUCCUAUUCCUGUUUCACGUAUGCCGUGCCGUUUCGAAGUGUCGAAGUGUCAUACCGUUACAAUAUCAUUACAAUCAUAUUAAUAUCUAUUCUGUGGUCACAUUACUAAAUAUUUGUUUUAAUAUUUAUAAAAUAUAUAUUUUAUCACGCGUGGUCAUACCACUGUCCACUGGUACUACAACUACAGUCGAGCCAGUCGAGGAACUCGUAUGGUGUCAACAAUGUAUGUUACAUGGUAAUUUUACUCUAUGACCUGUUUGGUUAAUGAUACAUAAUAUAAGCGUUGAACUAUUCAACCCCGCCACCCAUCUGUUGAAUCUUGAAUUGAGUGUAUUUGCAUGUUGCCUCUUACAACCAUUAUUGUCUAUUUGUCUAUGUUAUUUCUUCAUGGCUCGUCAAGCUUGUGUGCCGUGUAACUCUUGUGGAAUUAUUACGGAAAAAAUAUCCACAAUCCAUUCCGCCAACCCGUUUUCCUUUGGUAACCAAACCUAAUCAGGUGAGUUCGAACAGGAUCGUCAGCUUUGGAUUUGACUUGGGAACUCUAGUGGGAUAAAAAUCUAAAUCCAAGACCAACCUAAAAUUCAAUUAAUAAUGUACAGCAGACACAUAGACCAGAAUAACCAAAGUCAAAAUUACCAGCAUAAAAUCAUCAAAAAAAAUCCAGCAGUAGACGAAGAAAAUAUUCAAUCUGAUUUAAAGUCAUCCAAAGAGCAAAAUGAACAGUUACAGUCAAGUAGUACUAAUACUAAGGAACAAUGGAGAAAAAAACAAAAAUCACCUAAUACACCAGAACAGUGGGGGGAAAAACAUAAUUCAGAAAAUAGUCCAGAAAGAUGGGAACGAAAACAAUUUGAGCUAAAUGAAUAUUUUAACAAUGGUAAAAUUGAAAAAAAAAAUACAAAUACGUAUGGUUUUGGAUUUAUACGCCUUGCAGAACUAUGUUGCAAGGACCCUUCUGAGAUUGUAUUUGUGAUGUCUAAUGAAGUUAAUGGAUUCAUGGACUUAUUUAAACAAAAUAAAGAACCAGAUUGGAUUUUUUUGCUUAUGAAAGUUUCCGCCAAGGUUUGUUCUACUGAAUUAAUACAAAGUAAACUUUUUUUACUAACAGAACUUAUGGGCAAUCAAUUUUUUGAUCAUCUAAAAACAUAUAUAUUGAGUACACCAACUGAAAAAAAUAUUAAACGAUGCAACAAUAUGAGUACAUUUUAUGAAUAUUGUUUAGUUGUUUUUCAAUCUAUCACUACAUUAUUUCCAAAAGAAGCAGAAGAAAAAUUAAAGGAAUUAAUAAUAAUUAGUAAUAUUGCCAUAAAUGUUAUUAAAAGUUAUUGUAAUCAUAUUGAAAUUAAUGAAGCUACAAUGAUUGAAAUUAACAAUAUGCUAAAAAACCUCAUUAAAUCUAAGUUACCUGAGGAAUUAAAAUUGAAAGAAACAUUAGUAAGUGAAAAUAUUGCACAAUCCGUGCCACCAGAAAAUUUUAGAGAACUAACUGUAUAUCCAACUGCAAUUGAUCUUGAAUUCGGAGAACCAUUUUUACGACCUAAUAUAUCCAAAGGAACUUACCAGAAUGUUGAACACUAUUUAGAUGUUCAAUUUCGUCUUUUACGUGAAGAUUUUAUUGCUCCAUUACGAGAAGGUAUACAAUUUUAUAAAAACACAAUAAAUGAUCAAUGUCGAAAAAAAAUAAACAAUAUACGUGUUUAUAGUGAUGUUGAAUUUGAAAAAGUAUGUGAAUUUGGUCGUGAUGAUUAUAGUUAUCUGAUAAACUUUGAUAAAAAAAAUAAAUUAAAAAUCAACUGGGAAAUGACUAAACAAUUUAUGCAUGGUUCUUUAUUACUAUUUUCUGGAAAUGAUUUUAGGAAUUUUUUUUUGGGCAUUGUUUUGGAGCGAAAGAUUGAACUUUUGACACAAGGAAAGUUAAUUGUGCAAUUAUUAGAAGGUGUAAAACCUUUAUUUAAUACAUCUGUUACUAUGGUAGAGAGUGAAGUAUUUUUUGAACCAUAUAAAUGUUCAAUGGAAGUUCUUAAAAAUAUUAAUACUCAUAAAUUCCCUAUGGAAAUGUAUAUUAUAUCAUCUUAUAAUAAAAUCGACCAUCCAUAUUAUAUUGAUGAGUUACCUGAACACACCUACUAUGUAAUUGAUGAUUUGAUUAAAUUCCAAGUAUUGAGUCAAAAUCAUUGGCCUACUAAAGAACAACUAGGACUUGAUGAAAUGCAAUUUGGAGCAUUUAAAGCAGCGUUGACUCAAGAAUUUACAGUUAUUCAAGGUCCACCUGGUACUGGAAAAACAUUCAUUGGAUUGAAAAUUAUAAAAACAAUUUUAAGUAAUUUAUAUGAGAGGCCAUUUCUCACAAAACCUAUUAUAGUAGUGUGUUACACGAAUCAUGCUUUAGAUCAGUUUAUAGAAGGUAUAUUGAGUUUCACAGACAAAGUAGUUAGAAUUGGAGGUCAAACUAAGUCAAAAAUAAUAGAAAAAUACAGUUUAAGGAAUAUAUCUCGUGAGCACAGAAAAUCCCAAACUACUUAUACAUGUCUAAAAAAUAUUCAAAAUCAGCUGAAAAGUAGUAUGACUAACAUAUUAUAUUUUAAGAAAUGGAGUGAAGUUUUAUCAUAUAAUGCUGGAAUAUUAGAGUUAUCAUUAUUGAAAAAAUGUAUGCCUAAGCAACAUCAUUGUUUUUUUAAAACUACUUUAGAUCUUCUCUGUUGGUUAUUUCAAGAUUUUGAUUAUUUUAGUGUAAACCCAAUUGGUUUUAUAACUGGUAUUAGCAACGAGUUAAUUUAUAAGGUUUUUCAUUCAGAUAAAUUGUUAGAAAUUAAAGAAGAAAAUGAACAUAAUGACAAAUCAUUCAUUUAUAAAUCUGAUGACUUAGAUCUAGAAUAUAAUCAUAAAGAUAUUGUCAUUAAUAGUAUAACAUUAGACGACAUAAAAAAAGCUUGCACAGAACUACUUGAGGAGAGUAUAAGAUUAGAGAAUCUAUCAAAUAAAAGUGUACAUUUUUUUAAUGAAUCCGAAGAAGCCAAAUUCAACUUUGGUGUAAUGGAAAAUAUACAUAAUUAUUUUGUUAAAAUGAUGAAUUUGAUUGAUGAUGAUAUAGUACUACCAAGAACAAUAAGAAAUUUAAAUGUACUAAAUAUGCGACAAAGAUGGUCUUUAUAUUUCAGUUGGGUAAAGAAAACAAGAGAUAUGUUGGAUUCAAAAAUAAUUUAUUAUGAACAAAAGUAUACACAAGUCUAUAAGCAUCAUGCUGAAUUAAGACAGUUGGCAAACGUAGAGCUUUUAAACAAGAUGCAUGUAGUAGCAUUAACAACUACUGGUGCAGCUAAACACAGAAUAAUGCUGGAAGGAAUAGAAUCACCAAUUGUUGUUGUUGAGGAAGCUGCCGAGGUUUUGGAGGCCCAUAUUGUCUCAUCUUUAACAUAUCACUGUCAACAUCUAAUAUUAAUUGGUGACCAUAAGCAACUACGUCCUAGUAAUGCAGUUUACAAAUUGGCAAAAGAUUUUAAUUUUAAUAUUUCGUUGUUUGAACGUAUGGUCGAUAAUGGUGUACCUUGUUAUACGUUAGGAGAACAACAUAGAAUGCGUCCUGAAAUAUCAUCUCUAAUAACUCCAUCCAUAUACAAUAAAUUGGAAAAUAAUAUUUCUGUUUACAAUAGAGAACACAUUCGUGGUAUUACCAAAGAUGUAUUCUUCCUAAAUCAUAAUUUGUAUGAAAACGAAGUUGAGGAAAAUACAAGCAAAAGUAACGAUCAUGAAGCCAGAUUUUUAAUUAUGCUUGCCAGGCAUUUAAUUUUACAAGGAUAUAAAACUGAUCAAGUUACAAUUUUAACAACUUAUACUGCACAAUUACUUACAUUUCGCUCAUUGCAAAAAAAACAUUCAAUAUUAGAAGGGAUGAAGAUCACGGUAGUAGAUAAUUACCAAGGAGAAGAAAGUGAUAUAAUAUUGUUGUCAUUAGUUAGAAGCAAUGAAAAGGGAAAUGUAGGAUUUUUGAAAACUGAGAACAGAAUAUGUGUUGCAUUGUCAAGAGCCAAGUAUGGACUGUACAUAAUGGGUAACAUGGACAAUUUGUACAAUUCUGGUAGUUUGUGGAAACAAAUAAAAGAAACAUUAGUAAAUCACGGUUCAUAUGGUGAUGAAUUGACUUUAGAAUGUAUCAUUCAUUCUGGUAUUACAACAAAUGUCGUAAAGAGUGAAGAUUUCAAUACAAUCAUGGAAGGUGGUUGUUCCAUGUUGUGUAAAUCACUGCUACUGUGUGGUCAUUAUUGUUCAAGUGUAUGUCAUUCUUAUGACCGUGAUCAUUUAGAAUUUAAAUGCAGGGAACCAUGUAACAAGUCCUGUGAUUAUAACCAUCCAUGUGAAAAAACAUGUUUUAUGGAUUGUGGAAAGUGCGCUUUCCCAUCAAUCAAAGAGUUACCAUGUGGUCACCUAUUGUCAUUACCAUGUUUUGUUGAUGUUCUUAAUUUUCCAUGUGAAGAAAUGGUAAAAUCCGUAUUAGAAGAAUGUGGUCAUACAAUUUUAAAAAAAUGUAAUGAUGAACAACCAACCUGUUCAUAUAAAUGUUUUUAUCGCUUAAUUUGUUCUCAUGUUUGUGAAAAAAAUUGUCACAUGAAUGAUGAUCCAGAACAUGUUGUGUAUAAAUGCUUAAAACCAUGUGAAAAUAUUAACAGAAAGUGUUCCUUAAAUCACAAAUGUCAAAAGAUGUGUUAUGAAGAGUGUUCAUUAUAUUGUGAUGUUAAAGUUCAGAAAGUUCUGCCUUGUGGACAUAUUAAGAAUGAUGUUCUUUGUGGAUUAAAUAUUGAUGAGAUUAAAUGUAUUCUUCCAUGUGAUAGGUUAUUAAAAUGUGACCAUAAGUGUCAAUGUAAAUGCUAUAAAAAAUGCGAACCAUGUGAAAAUCAAGUAGUUAAAGUUAUACCAGACUGUGGCCAUUCAAUUACAAUGAAAUGUAAAACUUUACCAGAACGUAAGCUUUGUACUAAGGAAUGUAACCGAAUUUUAGAUUGUGGGCAUAAGUGUAAGAAUUUGUGUGCAGAAGAAUGUACAACUAAAGAUUGUGAAGAAAUAGUAUUGCAAAAAAAUAGUAAACUUGCUUGUGGUCAUAAUAGCGUUUGGGUUUUAUGUUGCGACAAGGAUAAAGAAUUCAGACUGGACAGCCAAUAUCUUCUUGACAAGUGCCGUGAACCAUGUCUUCAAAAGUUGAAUUGUAAUGAUAUUUGUUUGGGAACAUGUGGUGAAUGUAAACAAGGACGUUUACAUAUACCCUGCAGUGACAUUUGCAACAAGAUAUACUCAUGCAAUCAUAUAUGUAAAUUCCCCUGUAAGGAACAAUGUCCACCUUGUAAUCAAAAAUGCAUCUAUUCUUGUGUACAUUCUAGAUGUACUCGUCUUUGUGGUAAUCCAUGUGUACCAUGCAAGGAAAAAUGUGAGUGGAAGUGUCCACAUUUGGAAUGCACCAGGAAAUGUUAUGAAAUAUGUGAUCGUAAACCUUGUUAUGAGCAUUGCCCAAUAAAGUUGAAAUGUGGGCAUGAGUGUAUAGGUUUUUGUGGUGAACCGUGUCCCCCACUAUGUCGCAUUUGUCAAGAAUAUGAAGUUACUACAAUAAUUUUUGGCAAUGAAGAUGAUCCAAAUGCAAGGUUUAUUUAUUUAGUAGAUUGUGAACACACUAUAGAAUCUGAUGCUUUAACAAAAUGGAUGUUCCAAAAUGAUAAAGAAAUAUGUUUGAAACAAUGUCCACUAUGUAAAACACCAGUUUUAAAAACCCAACGUUUCAUGAACCAAGUGAAGUUUAUUUUUGAAGAUAUAUCAAAAAUAAAAAUAAAACAAUAUGGAGAACUAUCUGUUAUUCGCAGCAAAACUAAUACAAUAAUGGAUUCAUUAAAAUCCUUGGAUAAUAAUUUUGUUUCAAACUAUAUUUGUGAUACAAAUUAUAGAUUUGAUAAAAUCAAACAUUUAUGGAAUAUGUUUUGCAAGCCUUUAUUAGGUUCUUUGGGUAGUAAACGUUCAAAGUUUACUUUACCUGCCAAUGAUAUUGAAUCUUUAAAUUUUGUCAUUCAUCUGUUUAAAACCAUCUUAAAAUUUAAUAAUAGAAUUGAAGAAAUCAAAGAUUUCCAAAGAAAACAAAUUAUUAUUAAUCACUUUGACUGGAUUCUCUCUGUUGCUUUCACUUAUGCCCAACAGUUGACAAAGCAACAACAAUUUGAUAUUAACAUGGAAAUAGCACGUGGUGUAAGGAUUAUAAGUCUAUUUGAAAUUAUGUCCAAUACAAAAUUUCAAAUUGCUGUUACAAAUCAAACUUCUGACACAAAUCUUAAAAAAAUUGUAGAAAACAUGGAUAAUUUGUUAAUGUCAUGCAGCAUGUAUACAUUAAACAUGGAUCAACAAAUACAAAAUUUGACAGAAGAAAUCCAACAAAAAUUGUAUGGUCUUCCAUUAGUAACAGAUGAUGAUAGACAAAUUAUUCUCGCUGCGAUGUCCGCAAGUUUCAUAGGCCUUGAUAGAGGUCAGGGUCAUUGGUUCAAAUGUUCAAAUGACCACAUUUGUCGUGGAAUCCUGUCUAUUAAUUGUCCUCAAUGUAAUCACCGAAUUAGUAGUCGUGUUUUUCAGGCGUGAUAUAAGCGUUAGAAAUAUGUUUUAAAGUUGAUUAUUUUAAUAAGGAAGGAAACCUAUUAUUAUUAAUACGAGUAUUAUUUUAAUGUAUUAUGUAUUUUUUUACAUUUUUAUUUUAUGUUGUGUUUAAAACAUAAUUUUUAUAGUAUAGUAUGUAUUGACUUAUUAACUUUUAAUAUAAUAUAUUGGCACAUCCAAACA